GAUAAUUAUUUUGAUUGAGCGAAUUAUAUUAUAUAAUUUUAUUUAAGUGUACUUAUUAAUAUUUCUAGUAAUCUUCUGUUUAUUUUUAUUAUUUCAGAGUAGUUUUAGACUUUUCUUGUUUUUUCAGUUUAAAACUCGUAUUUUAAAUAUAAAUCUUUUUUUUUACUGAUUUUUUAAUUUUUCUCAGACUAUGGAGUAAUUUAGUUUCCAAAUGUGUAAUGGAAUAUUGUAAAAAACAAUGUAAAUAUAGACCUUCCAUGACUUAUAAGAUGAGUUUAUUUAAAUUUGGUUGUGGUAGCGUAGUUUAAUGGAUAUCUCGCCAAUUGUAGUUUCAGAUGAUGAAGAAUCCCAAACACCACCAAAGAAUCUUAACAACUUAGUGAAUGGGACGAGUAAGGAUUUUGAUCGUUUGGAUUCCGAUUACAGCCCAGCUCCCAAGUUUUUAUUAAUUGACAAAUCCUCAGGGAAGGAUAUAAAAAAAGGGCAAAAAACUCGGAAAAAACGUUACACCGCAAGCAAGGACUUUCUAGACUCGAUACCGUUUUGGGUGAAUUCACCAAAGGAUGUAAGAGACAUACCCUCACAUAUAAAAAUGAUAUGUGAAAGACUAAUACAUGUAGAAAAACAAAUUAAAAAAUUCUGCGUAGAGCGCCAGGGGCUGCUAUCAACACUCUGGAAGCUCGGAGGGGAUGGCUAUAUUAACCUAUUCCCAGACCCAGUUUUAAAAUCGCUAACUUUUUACGGCGUUAGUAAUAGCCCGGAAGAGAAUGAUAUAUAUAAAGAUGAAAUGGAGAUUCAAAACUCGGAAAUUGAGGAUAAGUUAGAUUACAACAAUUUGUAUUCAACGAAACUAGAAAACGGGGAUCUUAAAAUGUGGAAAUCCACCUGGAUGACUAAUGAGUCAGAGCCGUCGCCAGUUGAAACUCCAACCCAAACUCCAACUCAAAUCCCAACGAUUAAAACUUUUGUGUCAAAUUAUAUUAGAUCCUGUGGUUCCUCAAGUGAUUUCGGGAUAACCACGGGAAUGAAUGAGAGCAAGAAGAGUGGCUACAGUAACGAGUCAAAUGAAUCCAGAUGUUCUGAUGAUUAUGAUAGAGAACCGAUUGAGUUUUUCAAAAAUCUCGACUUCUCAAAGUUAAAUGAAUCAGAUUUGGAGGCAUGGAGGAAAUUUUUCGGACUCAAAAAAAUGUCGGAUUCGGAUAUGGUUAGGGAGUUGGUUAAAAUUCGGGAACACUUGUUGUCGUUUAUUAAUGUGUGAUUCCACCCCCUCGAGAUUCCAACA